AUGGAGACCACAGGAGAGAGAGGUCCUGGCGUUACCCAGGCGAACGAGGGCGACCAGGAGAAUCUUGACCGCCAGAGACAGACCUUGGAGCUGUGUGAUAGGAUUGUGCAGGACAUUGACGUUAUGCGUGAGACGUAUUCCGAUGCAGAGAUAAACGCGAUCGUUAGUCGCUUUCGCCGGGCGAUUGACAACGGGCUGGGGAAUGAAAACAGACAGGAAGAUGAGGAUAGCCAGGGAAGUGAAGACGGCCAGGAAGAUGAAGAUGAAGACGAGGACUAUGAUGAAGAUGAGGAUCCUGAGGAUCCUGAAGAUUCCUGGAAUCCUUUCAGGGCCACAAUGCCGAUCACUCAUUCCAUCACCGAAACGAAUGAGGUCAUCCUGGAAAAUGUAACUCCUGGUGAUCGAUUGUCCGUGAUCAACUACUUAUCGCAAUUUAAUGUAGUCCACAGCUUCCUCGAAUUUCACGACGAUCCAAACAAGCUCAUCAUUCGUUGGUUGAUGAUUAGGAAGCGCGAAUACUACUUCAUCGACGGGCUCACCAUGGCAAGGUUUCUUCGAGCCAUGGAUGAAGAAGACGAGUCCUGGUUCAAUCGACGACUCGAUCAGUAUGCAAUAGACGUUAGGGACAGAGUCGGCCCAGAUCGCGAGUUGGAUUAUGAGGCUGGGCGAGUCAUUUAUGGGAUGCUUCAUUGGAGCAUCAUGGAUGCCGCCCAGCGCUGGGAGGUUAAUAGAGACUACAGAGAGAUCUUCACUUCUAACCUGCGCUGGCUUCCAGCCAUGCGCGUCGUCGUCGAUACCAUGGCCGAUCGUUAUCGCGAAGAGGAUCCGUUCAUGGGGUCUGAGCUAGGUCGUUUCCAUGCUGAUUUCCUGUUUCUCCUGAAACAGAGGUUUCUAGCAAAUCUCUCUGUUCCUAAUCCUCAAAGCCAGUUAGUGUCUACUUUGACCCGUCAGGAACACCUGCAUAUCCUGGCAUCGAUGAAUGCUCAUUUUGUGCGUCGGUAA